AUUUCACGUGUUUUUCCGCGCGAAAGAUGAGCAAGAAAAAGCUCGAUAGCUUUCAGUUGUGUGAAUUAUGUGGAAGACUGGUGUAUUCUCGUCAAUUAGCUGAUCACAGGGCGGUAUGUGGAGCAGAUUCGUCCAGCGAAGAUCAUAAGAGCGCGUUCAUACAAGAUGGUGUCCUGCACGCUCUCGUUGUGGAGAGGAACAACAAAAUGAUUUCAGAUAGUAAGCUGCCACUGCCAUUUCGAAAGAAUGUGAUUUUGCUGAACUGUAACACAAUGAGGGAGUGCAACCUGCCCAUUGGAAAAAGAGUUGUGUUGAGGUCAGACCAAAAAAACUUAGAGAUUGUCUGUAUGGCAUGGCCUUCAUCAGGAGUCUCCCCAGAGUGUGUGGCAUUAUCACAACUGUCUCUUGAGAAUCUGCAGGUUUCAGGAGGUGAAUUCGUCAGCAUUAGAGCACUGAAAAAGCUGUGGUUACAUGCUGCAAGGGUGGAACUUGAGUUGUGUGAUGCAGUGGAGUUUGAAGUGAAUCAACUGUUUACUGAUUAUUGUCUUCAAGAUUUACGGAAUCAAUAUGUCUGUCCUGGACACAAAUUAGAAGUCACAUUCUAUGGCAGAGCCCGGCAGCUAACGGUUAUAGGAUUAACUGGAUCCUGUACACUUGAUACAAACUCAAUUUCUCCAGCUGAAUUUAAGCCCCAGCAAAUAUUUUCUAACACUUCAACUUCAAAGCUUACAGACAAACUGGAGAGGCUCAGCCUUAAUAGGGGAACAAGAAUGGAUGCAAAAGCUGCUAUGUCGUGUGAUGUUGAAGAUUUGACAAUUCAGAGGAAUUUGUCAUCUAAUUAUCAGAAACAAAACUACACUGAGGACGAAUUAGUUGAUGUGGAAUCAAAAGAAAAAAGUGAAGGAUCUGUGCAACAAUCGUAUCAUGCAAAGGCGAAGAUUGAGCACGGAUGUGGAAACACUUUGCGGUCAGAUGUCCAGCCAAACCAACUUGAUAGUCAGUCAGUAUUUUAUUAUAUUUCACCAGAAGAAACACAUCUGACAAUUCACGCUCGCGGAGUGCGUCAAAGUGAGCAAAGCGUGCCAAAAAAUAGAGUAACUUUUAAAUCUAUCGGAGGACUUCAUAAGCAAGUUUCGCUGGUGCGUGAAAUGAUCGAACUUCCUCUUAAACAUCCAGAAAUGUUUACAAAUUACGGUAUUGCACCCCCGCGCGGUGUCUUGCUCCACGGUCCGUCUGGAACAGGGAAAACCCUCAUUGCACAAGCAGUGGCCGCGGAGUCUGGUGCCCACUUUAUCUGCCUUAAUGGCCCGGAUGUUCUGAGUAGAUAUUACGGUGAAACAGAGGCACGUUUGAGGGACAUAUUCCGCGAGGCUCGCGAGAGGGCUCCUGCUAUCGUAUUCAUAGAUGAGCUGGAUGCUUUGUGUCCCAAAAGAGAUAAGGUACAAAAUGAGUUUGAGAAGAGAGUAGUGGCUACUCUGCUCACUCUGAUGGAUGGAGCAGACACAGCGAAUUUUUCAUCGAGUCACGUGAUCUUUUUGGCGGCCACUAACCGUCCAGACGCCAUAGACCCAGCCCUUCGCCGACCGGGUAGACUGGAUCGAGAAAUUGAGAUUGGAAUACCAAAUGCUAACGACCGUGAAGAUAUUCUGCGGACUCUUCUGCUCAAUGUGCCACAUGGCUGCACGGAAGAUGAUUUGAGAAGUUUCGCAGAGUUGGCUCAUGGCUAUGUAGGAGCAGAUCUUACCGCUGUGUGUAAAGAAGCAGGGCUCAUGUCAUUCAAACGUUGUUUAGCGGAACAAAACGGACUUUCCACCGAUGACGUCGGGGUCCAGGAGGAAUACUUAAAAGAGCGCCUUUUGGUCACCAGAGAGGACAUCAUGGCGGCGUUCCGACAGGUCCGCCCCAGUGCUAUGCGCGAAGUGUCUAUUGAUGUACCUAAGGUUCGUUGGGAGGAUAUCGGGGGAAAUGCAGUCAUCAAACAGAAGCUAAAACAAGCUGUGGAAUGGCCACUAAAACAUCCAGAGGCGUUUCAACGAUUGGGUAUUCGCCCUCCCAAGGGGAUUCUGAUGUACGGUCCCCCGGGAUGCAGCAAGACGCUUGUGGCGAGAGCACUGGCCACAGAAAGUGGGCUCAACUUCUUGGCAGUGAAAGGGCCUGAACUGUUCAGUAAGUGGGUUGGAGAAUCUGAGAAAGCAGUAAGGCAGGUUUUCCAAAAAGCACGUGCUGCCGCACCAUCCAUCGUUUUCUUCGACGAAAUCGACGCCCUCGCGGCGCGCCGUGGGAGUGGUGGAGAUGACGGUGGGUCAAGUGUAUCCGACCGCGUUCUCACUCAACUCUUGACUGAGCUGGAUGGCGUGGAAACACUUAAAGACGUUGUCAUGGUUGCGGCCACGAACCGUCCUGAUAUGAUUGACAAGGCACUGCUCCGCCCUGGAAGAAUUGAUCGGAUUGUGUAUGUGCCACUUCCGGACAAAAACGCGAGGGAGGAGAUCUUUAAAAUCCACCUCAUUGAUACUCCCCUGGGAGAUGACGUCGUAAUGGGAGAUCUUGCUGAAAAGACCGAGAUGUUCUCGGGAGCUGAAAUAACAGCGUUGUGCCGUGAGGCCGCUCUGAUGGCCCUUCAAGAGGACAUUGAGUCAAAUGAAGUGCUUAGGAGACAUUUCGAUGAAGCUUUUAUGGCGGUGAAGCCAAGAACUUCUAGGGAGUUGAUAGAAAUGUACAGAAAAUACCAGAAUGAAAGUGGUGUGCAUUCUAUUUAGUAGGCUAAGAUUUUGACAUGUCUUCUGAACGUAAAAUGCCAAUUUAGACCUCUGGAAGGCUGUCUUGAAAACAAUAAAUCAGCAGUUGUUCAA